AUAAGACAAGGGUUGCUUUUUUAUGGGAAGAACAUUUUGAUAGCACGCAUAUUUAGACAAAAUUUUAUUGUCAAUUCAUACUUAGUUGUCAUUGUUGCAAGCAGAACUGUGAUAAUCUUGUUUAUUCAAUAUUGUUGUGCCCAACAAUUUUUAAUUAGAUGCAAAAGGAUUUUAAAAGUGUAAAGUUAUUUUCUUUUAUCCGUUUUUACUUUUGGAAACAGAUCUUAAGAACUUCAAACUUUUGCUAUGGCUUGGACUAACUAUCAAAGACUUUUAGCUAUAUUGAUGGUUGUUACUGGAUCUAUAAACACAUUAGCUACGAAAUGGGCUGACAAGCUUGAAUCUGUUAAUAGUCUUGGAAAACUUGAAAAAUUUAAUCACCCAUUUGUUCAGGCAUGUGGAAUGUUUUUGGGAGAGUUUUCCUGUCUUUUGGCUUUCAAACUUUUAUUCUGCAUCAGCAAAAGAAAGUCUGAACCAUCUGUAGUGAGUGAACAACCUUCAAAAUUUAAUCCUUUCAUCUUUUUACCUCCUGCUCUCUGUGAUAUGACUGGAACAUCCAUUAUGUAUAUAGCAUUGAAUCUCACCUAUGCAUCCAGUUUUCAGAUGUUAAGAGGUUCUGUUAUUGUAUUUACUGGUCUUUUGUCAGUAGCCUUUUUAGGCAGAAAGUUAAAACCUUAUGAGUGGUUGGGCAUUUUUACUGUCAUCGCUGGUCUAGCGUGUGUUGGUGCGUCAGAUGUGAUUAAUCCUGACAAAACUGAAAAACAUGCAAUGAAUGAUAUUAUUACAGGGGAUCUUUUGAUUAUUAUGGCUCAAAUUAUUGUUGCUGCUCAGAUGGUAGUAGAAGAAAAGUUUGUAAAUAAACACAAUGUCCCAGCUUUGCAGGGUGUUGGAUGGGAAGGUUUGUUUGGUUUUUCGAUAUUGGGUAUUCUAUUAAUUCCUAUGUACUACAUAAAAGUUGGAAAUAGCAUUUUUAAUAGCCCCUAUGGAAGAAUGGAAGAUGCUCUCGAUGCUUUCACUCAAAUGGGUAACAGCUGGCAGGUCUCCUUAGCUAUUGCAGGAACCAUUGUAAGCAUUGCUUUCUUUAACUUUGCUGGCUUGAGUGUCACUAAAGAAAUGAGUGCUACUACACGUAUGGUCUUGGACAGCAUCAGAACUUUCACUGUAUGGAUCUUUUCCCUAGCUGUACAAUGGGAAACAUUUUAUUGGUUACAGUUAGUAGGUUUUAUAAUUUUAUUUUGUGGUAUGUGUCUGUAUAAUGAUGUUAUAAUUCGUCCUCUCUAUUUGAGAAUACGGUAUAGAGAUGAAGGGGAAACAGAACCACUCAUAAGAAAAUCAGAUGAAGAAUCACCUAGCCCUAUUGAAACUUCAAGAUCUAUAAAUGCAUAAGUUAUUGUUGUAAUUAUUGUAAAUAGCAUAUGUUGUUUUUUUAGAUGUAUUGUACAUGUUUUGUAUUAAAUAUUUAUUUAUAUAUUUAAAAGUUUUUAAAUUUAUUUCAUCUGCAACAUCAUUUGUUAGUUCAUUAGGUACUGCUAUGACAAAUGACUAGAAUUAUUGCAUUUAAUAAUAUGCACGUAAAGCAGAAAAAAAAUUGCACUAAAAAGUUCAUUAGUUUAGAUUUUAAUGUAUACUUCUGGCCCAAACUCUCAUAUUGGUACUGACAAAUCAGGCGGUUGUUAUCAACUACAGUACAGAACCAGUUAUCCGGAAAUCAGAAAACCGGAAAACCAAAAAACCGGAACGAAAUUCGAUAAAUUUUCUCGCAAGUUU